CUCCAGUCCAGCUCCCACCCCAACUUCCUUCUCAAAACAUGCUUUGGGCUUGGUUGGUGGUGUGUUCAUCCAGAGGAAAGUGACUUCUUUUAAAAAACAGUAAAAACACCGCAUUCCUUUGGCACAGGAUGAAGAUCAGCUCGGCUCUUCAGCCCUGCCUCAUUGUCUAUUGUUCUCCCAACACUAGACCACUACUUCCCACCGAGACUGUCAAGGCUGCGGUUACUGCCAAGCCCGGCUCCUCAUGAAUAUGAAGUGAAGCGCUCUGACCCAGAAAGUGGCAGUUUCUGCAGGUUCUCCACAAGGCAUCAUGGGCUCCCGGCAGUGCGGAGGCUGCCUGAGUUGCCUGCUGAUUCCACUCGCACUCUGGAGUAUAAUUGUGAAUGUUUUAUUGUAUUUCCCAAAUGGACAAACUUCCUAUGCGUCCAGCAAUAAGCUCACCAGCUACGUGUGGUAUUUUGAAGGCAUCUGUUUCUCAGGUGUCAUGAUGCUCAUAGUGGCAGCGAUUCUUCUUGUAUUGGAGAACAAAAACAGCUGUAAAUGUUGCCAGAGUGAAAACUGCAGCAAAAAAUAUAUGGCACUGCUGUCAAUCAUCUUUUCUGCCCUUGGAAUUGCCUCCUCGGGAUAUUGCCUGGUCAUAUCUGCUUUGGGUCUUGUCCAGGGCCCGUACUGCCGCACCAUCGAUGGUUGGGAGUAUGCCUUUGAAAGCACCAGAGGACGCUUCCUUAUAGAUCCCAGCAUUUGGAGCCAGUGCCUGGAACCCGUACAUGUGGUGGAAUGGAACGUCAUUUUAUUUUCCAUCCUUAUAGCCCUCAGCGGGCUGCAGGUGGUCAUCUGCCUCAUCAGAGUGGUCAUGCAGCUCUUUAAGAUGCUGUGCAGCACCUACUCAGUCAUCAUUCAGCCUAGAAUUAUCUAAAUAAAGACAAUUAUGUCUGCGAUCAAGAAAUGGACAUCAAUCUAAGUCAUAUCCACUGCAGAGACUCAAGGGAAAUAUUUACAUGAUCGCUGUUUUCUGCAUUUCAUGGUUUUUAUUCCCAUUUGUGAAAUUUACAGUCCUCUGUGCAUGGGACAAUGGUGCCAUCCUUCCAUUUAGAACUUUUUCAAAGCAAUAUGUGUUAGAAGGCUCAGAAAUACUUACAUCCUUCAGGCAAACAAAUCUGUUUCCAAGAAUCUAUUCAAUGGAAAUAAAUAAGAUUACAAGAGAACACUUCAUGCAAAUGUGUAUUUCAUAAUAGUGUUUAACAUUCUAAAAAAUUAACAGUAUCUGAAAUUUUGACAAAUUUGGCAGAAUGAAGUAAAUUAACUUGUAAAAUCAUGCAGUCAUUACAAAUAAUAUUUUCAAGGUUAUGAGGAAUAGUACAUCAAGACCAGGUUACAAAUUUACGUUUUUAGUACACACAUGACUAUUUAUAAUGAAUAAAUCACUAAAUAAUAAAAAUUUAGGAUAAAAUAGAGGAAGAAAUACACUGAAAUAUCAAUUGUUGUUGGAAUCCUGGUUGACUUUCUUCUUACUUUUCUAUGUUUUCCAAGUUUUCUUUUUUGAAUAUGUUUGCUAUAAAUAUUUCUUAAGAUGACACAUUUAUAAUUUAAAAAAAAUUACCAUUUUCCCAAUCUUGAAUUUAAUACUCUUUCCACAUUUCCUGAUGUUGAGUAUCGGCAAACAUCAUGGAUCGGUCCUCUGGUCAAUUUUUAACACAGAAAGAAGUGAGACAGAUAAGCCACUUGAAUUGCUG